CCGCGUUCUAAAGUUAUUGAUGCGUGAAAGAAUUUGCUAUAAAAAUGGAAUACAAAGUAGUCAGCCUGAAGAAUUUAUCCAACUGCCAGUUGACCAACACCUAAUUUGAACUGGUGUAUCAACGACCCAAGGCAUCAAGGUUGGUUGAAAAUCUAAGAUUUUCCACUGGAUAGCAAAACGAAGAGCUUAAAGCCAUGCUACAAUACACCCUUGUGCUAAUCUCCUGUAUAUAUGCAGCUGAGGCUAGCUCUUGUAUAUUUCGCGAGUUCGAAAACGGUACCGUGUGUGUUUGCAAUGCUACCUACUGCGACACCAUUCCAGUUUACGAAACGCCUAGCAACGGUUCGUACCUACGGUAUACGUCGAGUGGAGAUGAUGUGAGACUCAGCAGAACACUGGGUGAUUUUACAAAUGAAACAACAUCCGACGGGGCCGUGAUUCUGCUCCAACGAUACGUAACCUAUCAAAGUAUUCAGGGCUUUGGAGGUGCCUUCACUGAUGCCGCGACUAUAAACAUAAAAUCGCUGAGCAAAGCUGCACAGACAAACUUGCUAACAUCUUAUUUCGCCAAGGAAGGUAUCAGGUAUAAUAUUGGCCGUGUACCCAUUGCCGGUACUGACUUUUCCACAAGGAAUUACACCUACGAUGACAACGAUGGCGACGUGUCACUCGGAAACUUUAGUCUCGCGGACGAGGACUUUGAUUACAAAAUUCCUCUGAUGCUCGAAGCACUUGAAAUCAAUGAGGAACUCAGGUUUUUGGCUUCAUCGUGGACUGCUCCACCUUGGAUGAAGACAAAUGCCGAUUACGUCGCUGGAUAUUUGAAGGAAGAGUACUACCAAGUGUACGCUGACUAUCUCAUCAAAUUCUUGGACGCGUACUACGACCAAGGAGUAGAGAUGUGGGCGAUCACGACUGGCAAUGAGCCCAGCAUGGGAAUCAUUUCAAACUUUACUACCGCCUCCAUGUCAAUGACAUUGAACGAAACAGCCACUUGGCUUGCGUCGAAUUUCGGUCCCGCACUGGCUAGAUCAAAGCACAACAAAACGCUAAUUCUUUCUCUCGAUGAUGAGAGAAGUUUUUUAAUUCCAUCCCUGAAAGAUAUGUUUGAAAAUGAAUUGGCCAAGAACUAUACAGAUGGUGUCGCCAUUCAUUGGUAUGACGACAAAAGGGUUAACGCAGAUGUGCUUACAGAAUUUCACGAUUCCUAUCCUGAACCAUUUCUUCUUAUGGAUGAGGCUUCAGUCCGUAAGUUAAUAGCGACAUUACAUUAG